AUGCGAGCCAUUCCGAAAUGGGUUGAGAAAAUCCACGAUUCCAGCGAAAAGAGCGAUGUCGCUAGUAUCCACUCGAUAUGCUAUCAUCCGGAAGGGCUUCAGCUGGUGGUCGCUGCUGGAGACAAAGUGUUGGUAUACGAUCCUCUCGAUGGUAAUCUGAUUAAUUCACUGAAAGGCCACAAGGACACGGUUUACUGUGUGGCGUACGCAAAGGAUGGCAAAAAGUUUGCUUCGGGAAGUGCGGACAAAACGGUGAUCAUAUGGACGCAGAAGCUGGAAGGACUGUUGAAAUACUCACAUAAUGAUUCGAUCCAAUGUUUAGCGUUCAACCCAAUCUCGCACCAGCUGGCCUCGUGUGCGGUGUCGGAUUUUUCCUUCUGGUCAUCCGAGCAGAAAGCGGUACAAAAGUACAAAUCGAUUGCGCGCAUUAACGCCUGCGCCUGGACGAACGAUGGACAGUACAUUGCGCUCGGACUGGCAAAUGGAACGAUCUCGAUACGCAACAAGGCUGGCGAGGAGAAGAUUAAGAUCGAUCGUCCGGGUGGUGCGAACAGUCCGGUGUUCGGGCUGGCCUGGAACCCCCCGGCAACGUCUGGUUCGUCGGACAUACUAUGUGUGAUUGAUUGGGCCCAGACGUUGUCGUUCUACUCGCUCGGUGGUCAGAUGAUUGGGAAGGAGCGAAACUUUGGCUUUGAUCCGUUGUGUUUAACAUUUUUCCCGAACGGCGAGUUCCUGAUCGUUGCCGGUUGCAACAAGGCUCUUCAACUGUUUACCCGCGAUGGCAUACGUUUGGGUCUGCUUGGGGAACAACACGAUUCCUGGAUUUGGAACGCAGCGGUACAUCCCGCUGGAAACGGUGUGGUUGUUGGCUGUCAGGACGGAACGUUGGGAUGUUACACACUGGCAUUCAACACUGUUCACGCAUUAUAUCGCGAGCGAUACGCUUUCCGCGAGAAUAUGUGCGAUGUAAUCAUUCAGCAUCUCGUGUCGGGCCAGAAGGUUCGCAUCAAGUGCCGCGAUCUGGUGCACAAGAUCGCAAUCUACCGCAACCGACUAGCCGUGCAGCUCCCGGAACGGGUCGUGUUGUACGAGCUGAGCUCAGCCGAAAACCAACCGAUGCACUACAAAGUGAAAGAAAAGAUAGCGAAGAAGUUCGACUGCAGUCUGCUGGUCGUUUGUGCCCAACAUCUGGUGCUGUGCCAGGAGAAGAAACUGCAAAGCCUCGAUUUCAACGGCGUGCUGCAGCGCGAAUGGAUGAUGGACAGCUUUAUACGGUACAUCAAGGUUACGGGCGGUCCAGCCGGUCGGGAAGGAUUGCUAUUGGGAUUGAAAAGUGGUCAGGUUUGGAGGAUCUUUCUCGAUAACUCACUACCAAUCCUGGUCACCACGGUGCUGUCGUCGGUGCGCUGUCUCGAUUUGAACGCGUCGCGCACCAAACUGGCCGUGGUGGAUGACGCCGGACGGUUGGUAGUACGGGAUCUCAUCGCCGACACAAUGCUCUAUCAGGACUCGAGCGUGAAUUCGGUCGCCUGGAACACACACCUUGAGUCGAUGCUAUGCUACUCCCAUACGACUGGUGGAUUAAGCGUUCGUGUCGGAUCUUUGCCUCCGCGCAGCCCACAAACCAUGCUCGGAGUUGUGGUGGGUUUGUGUGGAGCGACUGCCUUCUGUCUGCGUGGUAACGUUAUGAGCAACGUGCCGCUAGCACUCGGCGCUACUAUGUGGCAGUUUGUCGAGGCAGGUUUAUUUGAGGAUGCAUAUCAGGUCGCAUGCUUGGGAGUGCCGCUAUCCGACUGGGAAGGACUUGCGCAAGCCGCAUUGGAUGCUCUAAACUAUCAGGUGGCGCGUGACGCUUAUGUAAAGGUGCGCAAUUUGCCCUGGCUGGAGCUGAUCGGUGAUCUAAAGGAGCGUCAGAAACGUGGCGAAACUUCUAAAGAAGUGUUGCUAGCGGAAACGUAUGCUUUCGCGGGAAAGUACAAAGAUGCGGCCCGAUUGUAUCAGAAAUCGGGCAACAACAGCAAAGCUCUGGCGAUGUACAGCGAUUUGCGGAUGUUCGAUCUUGCCCAGGAGUUCCUGAAGGAAGGAAGUGCCGCCGAUCGGAAGGAGCUGAUCCGUCGACGGGCUGAGUGGGCCUGCUCCGUACAUGAGCCACGAGCCGCGGCAGAGCUCCUGCUAUCAGCCGGCGAACCGGAACGAGCGAUCGAAAUUGUAGCCGAGCAGGGUUGGGCCGAUGUGUUGCUGGAUAUUGGGCGUCGAUUGGCAGCUUCGGAAAAAGCACCCCUUGAGCUGAUCGCUAGCCACCUACGACGGUUGAAAGCGCUACCGCUUGCGGCGGAAAUUUAUCGUAAGCUGGGCGAGGAAGAACAGGUCGUACAGUUGCAUGUAGAAGCGAGAGAUUGGCCGGAAGCGUUUCGUUUGGCCGAACAUCUUCCGAAGGUGUUGCCCUCGAUUCAUUUCCAGCAUGCCCAGUGGCUUGCCGAAUCGGACCAGUUUAUAUCGGCGCACGAAGCUUACAUUUUAGCGGGAAAACCACAUGAAGCUACGAAAUUGCUACGGAAUCUGGUAGAAUGUGCCGUGUCCGAGGAACGUUACCUAGAUGCGGGUUAUUACACGUGGUUAAGAGCAAAACAGGCGCUUAAGCUGCUUGAGGAUGCUAAACAGACGAUGGAUGCGAACGAUUCUGGCGUGACGGACUAUCGAUCAUUAUUGAAGCUGUCAUCGAUCUACUACGCUUACAAUACGAUCAAUUCUUAUCUGAAGGAACCUUUCACGAGUAGCCCUCCACUGACGUUGUUUAACACGAGUCGCUUUGUGGUGAAUCAAAUCAAUGGAACGACACCACCGAAGGGUAUCAGUUUAUUUGCCGUAUACUACACCCUGUCGAAGCAAGCGAAGGUGCUCGGUGCAAAUAAGCUGCAUCUGCAGAUCAACAACAAGCUGCAAUCGUUGAAGAUUCCUGUGGGCAUCCAGGAACAGGUGGACAUAAGCUACAUUAGCAGUCGUGCCUGUCCCGGCGGAUUUAACGACCCGGAGGAACUGUUACCGAUGUGCUACAAGUGUUCGAACUAUAGUCCCCAUUUGCACGGCAAUCGGUGUCCCAACUGUCAGCAGGAGUACGUCUUCUCUUACGUUUCCUUUGAAAUUUUACCGUUGGCGGAGUUCGCACCGGAGGCAGGCAUCAGCGAACUCGAUGCGGAACGGUUACUCUUGGCACCGCCGAAGAGUUCUACCUACGAUCAACAAGAUCGAUUUAUUCAGGAGGAUAUCAUUGACACCUAUCCAUCUACACUCGAUCGCGAAGCGCUGCGAGCGAUCGACCCGAGGGAAGUGAUCAUUGUACGCGGUCCUGCCCCGCUAGCGACGCGAUAUUAUCGAAACUUACUGCCCGAGCUGCAAAUCACCGUCUGUUCCGAAUGCAACCAAGUAUUUCAUUCGGAAGACUUUGAGCUACAGUUUUUGCAGAAGGGUCACUGUCCGUUUUGUCGUUCCACGGAUGAAAGUCUUAUGAACUGA